AUGAGUGGUAAUCGAUAUCCGUGCAUCACCCAGAGGGAUGACGAGCCAAGCUUGGUCGCUGAUGUCAGCUCCGACCUUAAUGUACCCUCCAUCGUUCUCGGAUAUGACAGUAUCAUUCCCCGAUGGAAGACCCCUACGAUUCUCAAGUGGUAUUUGAAGGAGGAUUCAUUCACAUCCGAGGAGAGAGCCGAACUCGCUGCUGCGGCCCUCAACCAAGCUGCGGAGGAAUGGGAAAACAUCGACUUUGGUGUAACCGUCCGCCAGACUGAAAACGCCCAAGAGGCCAACUUCAACCUCGUGUAUCGAAAGAACGCACGAAACAAGCCGACUGAGCUUGGUCUGGGCUUCUUUCCACAUGAUGCAGACCGUGAUAUUUUCAUCUUCACUGUCGCCCUGCUGCCCGAGCGGCGCCACAUGUUGAAGAAUGUCUUCUUGCACGAGCUCGGCCAUGUCUUUGGGCUUCGCCAUGAAUUUGGUCUAACCGAGAAAGCCGCUGCUGUGCAAUUCAUGACGAAAAAUCCCUUGUCGGUGAUGGAAUACAACGAGGUGCCAACUAUUCAGGAGACCGACAAGGAAGGCAUUCGUGCCUUCUACAAGUUAGAUGAGGGAUUUGAUAUUGAUGGAAGCCCGGUGACGAAUUUCUCGCCAAAACUUCGAAGCACCAAUCACACAUGA